AGUUCUUAACUAGAGCUUACUAGCGCUGCCAGACAGUACUUGAUAUGCAGCAUGGCAGCAGCCAGAAUUUCGGAUUUGGCGCUUGCACAUAUAUUCGUAUCAAUGGCUCCCCCACGCACCAUGUGCAUGAACAUUUGAAUCCCCAGGGUAUCAUUUAUCAUUUAAUUGUUGCUCGACACUGGAAUUCCUUUUGGCGGCCUUUUGCGUCUGUCACUGAAUACCUUUCAGACCCGAUGCAUAUAUAGCCAGUCGUGCUGGGCCCUUCUCAGCACACCACAUUCUUUGACAACGCUCUCUCUCCAAGUUAACUAAGUCGAUAUUCAGUUCCAACAUCCAAACCAUGAGACGAGCAGCAGCGUCACUUGUACCGAGGAUCGAUAUUCCUCCAUGCAUAUCCCAGCCUGGCAUCCCCGCGUGCUUUGACAAAAUCAAGUCAGUGGAAGACUUCGAACAAAUCAUCACGCGAGGACCCCCCUUUACCCUGGCAGACCUGCCAGCAUAUGUUGAUGCACUGAAGAACCUCAAGUCGGGCAUCAAUGACCGGGAGUUUUUGUUAGAAAAACUUUUGAUAUUGAUGUCGCGCCUUCCCGACGACUCAGUCUUCGCUAAAGAACUUCAGAUCUCCGUGAUCGAUAUCCUUUACAAGGACCUUCCCCACCCGCCUUGCAGCUUCUUGAAGACUCCUGUAACAACGCCUCUGUCCGGCUCCAGUAGCAUGCCAUAUGUCUUCCGUAGUGCUGAUGGUUCCAAUUAUUCGAUGUCUACGCCGAGCCUUGGUCAAGCAGGUCAACCAUAUGCGCGAUCUGUGCCUUCUACGCACGUUUCAUCGCGUCGCCCGUUACCAGAUCCAGGAGAGGUAUUUGAUACCCUUCUGCGUCGCCGUCAGAAUGACUUCGUCCCUCAUCCUGGGGGCCUCUCCAGUUUGUUUUUCGCAUUUGCAGAUCUCAUCAUUCACAGCAUAUUUGAUACGAACUCCCACGAUUGGACGAUUAACAAUGCCAGCAGCUACCUCGACCUGAGUAUUCUAUAUGGGCACAACGAAGAGCAGGUCGAUAGCAUACGCAAGAAGGACGGAACCGGUCACAUUUGGGAAGAUGUAUUUGCUGACAAGCGUCUCUUGUUCAUGCCCCCCUCCGUGGGUGCCCUUGCAGUCCUAUUCAGUCGUCACCACAAUUAUAUUGCAAACAAGAUCCUUAGCCUCAACGAGCGAGGGACAUUCACAUCCCCAGCGCCUCUUAAUGAAGCGAAACGUACUGCCCAGUGCGAUGAGAUCUUUCACCGUGCUCGACUGGUCAAUACAGCGUUCUUCAUGCAGAUCAUCUUAACGGACUACGUUGGAGGCAUUCUUGGUCUUGUCAGAGAUGGACUGACUUGGAGAUUAAAUCCACUUCAGGGGUUUCGCGAGCAGACGCAUGACGUUUCCCAACGAGGAGCUGGGAACGCUGUUUCAUUGGAGUUCAACAUGCUCUAUCGUUGGCAUGCGGCAAUGUCGCAUCAAGACGAAGUGUGGAUUGAACACGUUUUCAAAGGCAUUCUCCCUGGAAAAGACCCUUCAACUAUCACUGUCAAAGAGUUCAAGGCUGCCGUCCACAAGAGUAGUGCUCAAAUGCCUGACAUUCGUAGUUGGACAUUUGGCGGUCUCACCCGUGAGGAGGAUGGUCGAUUCAGCGACGACGAUAUCGCUCGUGUUUUACAGGAUGCAACGGCCGAGAGGGCUUGUGCCUUUCGUGCGAGGGGCGUUCCGGCCGUGAUGCGAAUUGUAGAGAUUUUAGGCAUGGUGCGAGCACGAGCCUGGGGCGCUUGUUCACUGAACGAAUUUCGUCGCUUCAUUGGUUUGAAACCGUACAAGACCUUCAGCGAAUGGAACCCCGAUCCAGAGAUUUAUGUCGCAGCCGAACGCUUGUACGGGGAUAUUGAAAACUUGGAGUUGCAUGUGGGCCUGCAGGCUGAGGAAACAAAACCUCCCAUUCCUGGCGCUGGCCUUUGCCCUGGAUACACCAUCUCACGUGCCAUCCUCGCCGAUGCCGUAUGCUUGACCCGUGGAGACAGGUUUCUUACAGUAGACUUCACUCCGUUCAACUUGACAACAUGGGGUUACGAGCAUUGCAUGGUCAACAAAAUGGAUGGAUCCUAUGGUGGCAUGCUCACCAAGCUUCUCUUUCGCAUGCUUCCCGAUCACUACCCCGCGGGCUCAGUCUAUGCUCACUUUCCUUUCCUGACCCCAGAAUUCCUUGCCUCGAGCAUGGCCAAGGCGCCGCGCAGUGCCGAAGUCCGGCAUCUUUACGAUUGGGACAGGCCUUCGACAGUUCAGCCAGCUGCAUUUGUAGCUGCUGAUAUGAACGUUGUCAGAGAUUAUGAGCGUCGACUUUCGAACUUACACAUGCCUCCCAGGGUACGGAACGAAGCGAUCAGAAAGCCCAUCUCUGAUAAAGUUGCUGAAUACACCGCGUCUACUUCGCAUUUUGCGCACCUUACAAGUGAGCUGAUACGCAAGAGACGCGAAGUUGACGAGCAAGUCGACAUAAUUGAAAUCCUGAACCUCCUUCCUGUUUAUUGGGUGGGCGACAUCAUGGUCCUCUUUCUGAUACAUCAACACAAACUGCUUGGUGUUGAACUUGUUUUUUUUCGUCAGGUUGGAUUACCAUCGAUGGACAAAUCAUCGUCGCAAAUGACUCCAGAAUUUUGGUACAAAGCCUUUUUCACCAUUGCACACUACUUGUAUUUGAAUAAAGAUCCUGCUUCCGACUGGACUCUUUGCCAGAAAGCCAUGCGCUCUACCCAGUUGAUCAAGUUAUACCUUGAGAGCCAUUUGAAAAGACUCUCUGAUGGCAUUAUUUCAAUCAAUGGCAUAUGUGAUUUUCUGUUUUCAAAUCACUUGUCAUCCCAAAAAGGUGAAGUGUUCCUCUCGGAGGUUCUCAGAGUCACCCCGCGGGCUUCGAUAGAGGAGAUAGCAUUGUGUUUGUUCGAGGAGAUCAUCCCUUCUGCGGCCUUGUUCUCCGCUGUCAUUGCUUCUGUGGUGAAAUACUACAUGUACGCUCAAAACGAGGACUACUCCGGCUUUGCUUCCAGUUGUCAAGACAAAGGAUCAGAACAGCACCCAGCCGUUCUGCGGUAUAUCUGCAAAGCACUCAAUCUGGACGUUGACAUGAUGUCGAGUGACGAGUCGUCUGUCUUGCGUAUCACUCUCGAUGGCCAAGUUAUGGCCAUUCCGAAGCAAACUGGCCUUUUGUCGUGGGAUGUCUUCUCAAAGAUCGCCCCUGGAAUCAUCUGCAGUAUCUUCAGUGCAGGUUCUAUUCGUCGUCCUCAGAUCACUACUCGUAGUAAGGGGACGCGCGUUGACGCAGAGCAAACAUCGAGGUUCACCGACAUCUCCAUACCCACUUCAAUGAUCGUUGAGUAUGAUGUUUAACACGGACACUACAAACGCCCGAUCCUCGUCACUGUAUUACAAACCCAGACACCUACAUUACAUGUAUUACCACCACUCGCACUGUUUAAGAGAAAUCGGUUUGUAAUAUAUCAUCCAAUUGUAUCCGAGGCAAGACAUGGAUGAAAAGCUACGAUGCAGCUCUACU